GAUGCCGGGCGGCUCUGCCUCCCCGCUGCCCCCGCCGCGCCGGGCAGGGCGCGCCCGCGGAGCGCACGGAGGGACCCGCACCGGCUCCCCAGGUAGGGGACGGGGACGGGGACAGGGAGGGGGACACCCCCGCCCCCCGAGAGGCAGGCGGGGCUGCAGGGUCACCCCCAGGCAGGCGACCCCCCCCCUCCCCCCACCGGGUAGGGGACCACCCCCCACAAGAAGGGGACGGGGGACACCGCCAGGUAAGGGACACCCCGGGUAUGGGAUAGGGGCCACCCCCAGGUAGGGGACAAGGGACCCCCCCGAGAUGGGACAUGGGACCCCCCUCAGGUAAUGGGAUAAGGACUGCAGAGCUGUCCUGGGACAGGACAAGGGGACCAAGAGUGACCCCCCCAGGUAGGAGACGGGGGACACCCCCAGGUAUGGGAUUGGGGACACCCCCAGGUAGGGGACGGGGGCUCCCAGGUAGAGGGGGACCCGGUGGGGCCACCACCACUUAGGGGACAGGCCCCUCCCCCAGGUAGGGGACCUGGGGCUGUGGGGCUACCCGGUGGGGGAGAGAGGAUUGCAGGGGGGCUGCAAGGCCACCCCCCAGGUAAGGGACAAGGGGACAGCAGGGCCACUCGGGGAAGGGACAAGGGGACACCAAGGGCUGUGUCCCCCCACCCUGUCCCUUCUCCCUUGGGCAUCCUCAAAGCGCUCUCCAAGAGGUCCCCGGGGCAGGGGACAGAGUUGGGGGACAGCUGUAGGGGGCCAUGUCCCAUCCCAAUUUCGGGGGGCGCUGGGGGUGCCCCAUAGGUGUCCCUGUCCCCAUCGGUCCCCCAGCGCUCCCACCCCAGGAGAUUUUUGGGGCGAUGCUUGUAGGAAACCUGGGGGGGACCCUUCCCAAUGCAGCCCCAGCCACCCCAAACUAGGAUGGAGCUAUGAGGGGGGACCCCAUUGAAAAAAAGGGGGGGGGACACACCUCCCAUUAAUGUACCCCGGCUGGGAGGUGGGGGGGAACCAGGGGGUGCCACGAUGGGGCUGCCGGGAUCCCGUCCGCCCCGGCACAAAGAGGAAUGCGACGAGCACAUGGUUCCCAUUAGCCCCGCAGAUUUUUUUUUUUUUUUUUUUUUUUUUUGCUUUGCUUUUUUGAGUUGUUGUUUUUUGGGUUUUUUUAUGAUUAUUCUUUUUUUUUUUUUUUUUUUCCCCCACCCCUAUUUUCCGCAGCUCGGCCGGGGAGGAGGAAAAGCGGCGGCUCCUGCGGGCGAGGAUUUGAGCGGCCGGGCGAAGGCUGGCAGCGCCGGAGCCCGUUUGGGGUUUCGCCGGCGGGGAGGGAGGGAGAGAAGGGAAGGGAGCGAAGCCGCUCGGGGUUUUUUCCUUUUUUAAUCCCUUCCUCUGCUUGAGUCAGAGGCUGAAGUCACCGGCGUGCACGUCCCGAAGCUUUUCCCCCGCCACGGGGCCUGGGCGGGGGGGACUGGCCGCCCGCUGAAAGGAUGCGCCAACAUCUGUGAGCAGGAUUUUGGGGGAGCGGAGCCACCCCGCGCCGGGGCAUGAGACCAGGCAACUCAUCACACAGGUCCGGCUCUUCCAUGGCUUCGGCGACGCUGCCGGGGAAAGCGGAGAAGAGGAUCGCUUCGUCUGUCUUCAUCACCCUGGUGCCACCGCGGAGGGAGGUGGCCACCAAGGAGCAAACCCAAAGGGUGACGCGGCCCAUCGGUGCUGAGGUCCCGGCCACCCAUCGCCCCCGGAGCCCACCACCACCGUCCCCCGCGUUGCCCAAUGGAGAAACCCCCCCAGCAGCCCCCGUGCCUUCGUCCCUGCCGGUCCUCGUCCUCUCCGAAGCGCCCCAGCCCUUGUCUGCAGAGGCGCUGGGUCCGGCGCUGCAGCAACUGGACCUGGCAGCACCCACCACCCUCCAGGCCCCUUCCGCCUUCCCCGCUGAAUUGAGGCCACCCAAAUUUUGCCAGGAGCAAGCAGGCAAGCGGCAGGAUGCAAAUGGGUACCUGGAGAGGGACGGCUCCAGAGACAUCUGCGCCUUCUGCCACAAAGCGGUGGGGCCGCGGGAGCCGACGGUGGAGGCGAUGCGGAAGCAGUACCACGCCGACUGCUUCACCUGCCGGACCUGCCACCAGCUCCUGGCCGGCCAGCGCUACUACCAAAAAGACGGGCGCCCCAUGUGUGACGCCUGCUACCAGGCCACGCUGGAGAAAUGCGCCAAGUGCCGGGGGCUGAUCGCGGAGCGCAUCGUCCGUGCCCUGGGCAAGGGCUACCACCCCGGCUGCUUCUCCUGCGCCGCCUGCGGCCGGGCCAUCGGCGCUGAGAGCUUUGCCGUGGACGAGCAGGACGAGGUGUACUGCGUGGCUGACUUUUACAGGAAAUACGCCGCGGUUUGCAGUGCCUGCGAGCAGCCCAUCAUCCCCCACGAGGACAAGGACACCUACAAGAUCGAGUGCCUGGGACGCAGUUUCCACGAGGGCUGCUACCGCUGCGAGAGCUGCGGGACACCCCUGUCGCCGGAGCCGACGGAGAACGGGUGCUACCCCCUGGGCGACCACCUUCUCUGCAAGUCCUGCCACGUCCGCCGGCGAAACGAGUCAUCCUGCUAGAACCCCGCGGUUCGACCUCCCUCUUCCAGCGCCGGACACCAAAAAAAGGGGUGCACCCACCGGGAUGCACCCCGUGACCAGUCCUGGGUGCCCGCUGCACCCCCAAAUAGCUGCAGGACUGGAGUUUUCGUCCCCAAAACGUACCCAGGACCCCAAGCCGCGGGGCUGGCAAGGUGAAGAAGUGCAGAUAUAAUGUCCCAGCGCUCGUCAUGAACAUAAAAAGCCCCGGCAGAGCAGGGGUGGCGGCGGAGCUGAGGUUAUAUUCACUUAUUUCUUUUUUUAAAUUCCUUUUCCGAGGCCGGUUUGGUUUCCUUGGAUGGUUUUGUUUCUUUUUUUUCUUUCUUCUCGAGCUUCCUUGGAGUUUCACUUAAACAUUUCUCUCUGCGGUGACGCAAAGAGCGGGCACUGAUUUAGUUACUUGCAGUUAAAUAAAACCCCAAGUUUUAAAACCCCUCGUUUCUUUCA